CUCUUUAUUUUUUCCAACCAAGACUCUCCAUCCAGCCCAACACUAAACAGGUGUGGUAAGAGCAGCCAUCCUCACUACCCAGGCACGGCAGCUCACAACUGCAAUGCCAGCACUCAGCUGAGGCAGGAGGAUCAGGAGUUCAAGGACAGUUACAGUAAGUUCAAGACUAGCCUGGGCUACAUGAGACCCUGUUUCAAGGCAGGGCUGGGGGAGGGCAGGGGUCAGGGGGACAGGGCACGAGAUGGCACAGCAGCAGCUAAGAAGAGCACGCUGCUCUUGACGAUGACGACUCAAAGUUCAGUUCCCAGAAGUCACCUCAGUCAGCUCGCCACUGCCUGUAACUAACUCCAGGUCCUGAGGAAUGUGACGCCUCCGGCCUGUGUGGGCACUGGCACAGAUGGUUGCACACAUACACACAUAUACACAAUAAAAAUAAAUCUUAGGGGGCUGGAGAGACGGCUUAGCAGUUAAGAGAACUGACUGCUCUUCCAGAGGACCUGGGUUCAAUUCCCAGCACCCACACGACAGCUCACAACCGUCUUUAACUCCAGUUCCAAGGGAUCUGACACCCUCACACAGACAUACAUGCAGACAACACACCAAUGCACGUAAAAUAAAAAUAAAUAAAUUAAAAAAAAUCUUAGAUAAAAUAAAAGGCACCUACAAGAACCUAACAGGUAGCACCCUAUGAAAUAGAGAGAUUACAAGACUGCUAUGGGACAGGGGGAGAUGUCUGCUUUUUGUUUGUUUGAGACAGGAUCUCAUGAAGCCCACGUUAGCCCGGCCUACAUACAGCCAGGACUGGCCCUGAUCCCCCUGCCUCUGCCUCCCAAGUGUGCCACCACACCCAGCUCAGGGCUGUUGAGUUUUGUCAAAUGCUAGUCACAGGAGAGCUGGAGAAAUGGACCAAGUUCCCAAGAGCAGAGUGACUUGUAGUGUAGGGAGGCAGGUUCCCCUUCCCCCCUGCCCAGACAACCCAGCAGCCUCACCAGUUGGGAUAGUUUCUUCAUUGUGCCUCCCCCAGCCUGGGCAUCAAGGAAGGGCUAGAGGCUACCACCAAGCUUCUGAGGAGGAAUGGGCUACAGUUCUCUGGGUGUCUAGAGGUUCCUACCCUAGUCCACAGUUGGCCAGUGCAAUCCAGGAAUCUCAUCAUACAACUUGUAAAUUAAAAUGAUGGGGGGAAAUGGCGUAGGGUCCCUAAUAUAUGAAGGAAUACCCUAAACCUAGGAGUUGGACUUCAGUUCUUUGAGCAUGGUUCUUCCAACUUGCAAGGCUGGUUCAACGCCCUGGGCACCGCAGGUCAUAGGUUCCUGUCUUUGUGAGGCCCCAAAUAUGACCCAGUAGGGUCGGCUGAACCAAGGGUCCUGCACCUUAGAUGCCCCUGGCUCUUGGUUCAAAGGGUAAGGCCCUGCCCCCACUCCUGGCUCGAGCCGGCUUUGAUGUGCUGAUGAGUCCUGGAAGGGGCCACUUCACACCUUGGGCUCGGGAUAAAGCUGCCGCGGGCCCAAUGGACCGGCCUCCGCUGCCAUGGCCCAGCCCCUGUGCGCGCCGCUCGCCCAGUCCUGGAUCCCGGGUCCCGCUCGUCGUCCCUCGAUGGUGCCUUCCGACCGGGACAGCGUCUGCUCCCCGGGCUGGCACUCGGACUCGUGGGACGGUGCCCAGGCCGGCAGCCCCACGCCACCCUGUGCCCGCCCGGCCCGGCGCGCUGGGACCCCCGGCAGGCGCGGGACGCACAGCAGCCGCCUGGGUAGCGGCCAGCGGCAGAGCGCCAGCGAGCGGGAGAAGCUGCGCAUGCGCACGCUGGCCCGCGCGCUGCACGAGCUGCGCCGCUUCCUGCCGCCGUCCGUGGCGCCCGCCGGCCAGAGCCUGACCAAGAUCGAGACGCUGCGCCUGGCCAUCCGCUACAUCGGCCACCUGUCGGCCGUGCUGGGCCUCAGCGAGGACAGCCUCCGGCGACAGCGGCACGCAGGCGCGGCGUCACCUCGUGGUUGCCCGCUGUGCCCCGACGGCGGCCCCGCGCAGGCGCAGUCGCUCGGUCUGCAUCUGAGUCCCGCUGCCUGCAGCGGGGUGUCGUGGGGUUCCCCGCCCGCCUGCCCUGGACCCCGAGUCGUCGCAGAGUCCUGGGACCCAUCGUUCCUGUACGCCGAGACAGAGACAGCGCCCUUGGAAAGGCAGGAGAUGGAGCCCAGCCACUCGUCUCCGCUCUUCAGCAGCGACGUGCUGGCUCUGCUGGAAACCUGGACGCCGCAGGAGUGGCCGCCAGCCUGAAGCGUCAAAGGGACUAUGGAUGAUCGGCACCCUAUCUGAGCACAGAGACUUUUCCUUUUGCCUCCGCCCCUUCGAAGCGAGUAUUUCCUGGAAGAGGCACCAGCGAUACCAACGUGGGCAUUCCCGGGGUGGGAGCCUCACCUAGACCGUACCUUCCCAACCCUCCUUGGGAAGGAGGGACCCAUAGGGUAAAUGCUCUGAAACUGAAGCAGGCACACGACGCUGCUUGGUGUAUAUUUAUUUAUUUGUGAAUAAACCGUUUGUGCUGGUGUCA